GCGGCAGCCAUGUUGGACGUGGCCAGCACAGGGGCCGGCACCAGGGGGUUACCGGAGCAGCUGUCAUGAUGCUGGGGUCCCUGGUGUUGAGGAGAACAGCGCCGGCGCCGCGGCUGCUCCUCCAGCUGCUUAGGUCCCCAUCGCUCCGGAGCCGUGGGAGUGCCACCGACCGGAGUGUGACCACCGGGGGACGCGGGGAGCCUCAGUGGCUGAGGGCAGCCAUCGGGGGGCGCCCUGGAACAUCGCCGGCCUUACUCACCAGAGGAGGGACAGCCACUGGGGGGAGCCAGAGAGGAGGUACCGAGACCCCCUGCCUCGCAGCCGCCACGUGGGGACGCCUUCCUGGCCCCGAAGACACUCUGCCUGGACAGGACAGCUGGAACGGGGUCCUCAUCAGGACCGGAAUGGGCGUGUGGGCGCUGGCGACGGUGCUGGUGGUACACUGUUACAGCAAGAGCCCGUCCAACAAGGAUGCAGCCCUGAUGGAAGCUGUUCGAGCCAACAAUGUCCAAGAAGUCAGCAGGCUGUUGUCGGAAGGUGCUGAUGUCAAUGCAAGGCACAGACUUGGCUGGACAGCACUCAUGGUGGCAGCCAUCAACCGAAACGACAGUGUGGUGCAGGUCCUGCUUGCAGCUGGUGCUGACCCAAACCUCGGGGAUGAUUUCAGCAGUGUUUACAAGACCGCCAAGGAGCAGGGAAUCCAUUCUUUAGAAGUCCUGGUCACCCGAGAGGAUGACUUCAACAACCGGCUGAACAACCGUGCCAGCUUCAAGGGCUGCACAGCCCUGCACUAUGCUGUCCUUGCCGACGACUACCGCACCGUCAAGGAGCUGCUUGAUGGAGGAGCUAAUCCCCUGCAGAGGAAUGAAAUGGGACACACACCCUUGGAUUAUGCUCGAGAAGGGGAGGUGAUGAAGCUUUUAAGGACUUCUGAGGCCAAGUACCAAGAGAAGCAGCGGAAACGUGAGGCCGAGGAACGGCGCCGCUUUCCUCUGGAGCAGCGGCUGAAAGAGCACAUCAUUGGCCAGGAGAGUGCCAUCGCCACAGUAGGUGCUGCGAUCCGGAGGAAGGAGAAUGGCUGGUACGACGAAGAACACCCUCUGGUCUUCCUCUUCCUGGGAUCAUCUGGAAUAGGAAAAACAGAACUGGCCAAGCAGACAGCCAAAUAUAUGCACAGAGAUGCCAAAAAGGGUUUCAUCAGGCUAGACAUGUCUGAGUUCCAGGAGCGGCAUGAGGUGGCCAAGUUUAUUGGGUCCCCACCAGGCUACAUUGGCCAUGAAGAGGGUGGCCAGCUGACCAAGAAGCUGAAGCAGUGCCCCAACGCUGUGGUGCUCUUCGAUGAGGUGGACAAAGCCCAUCCAGAUGUGCUCACCAUCAUGCUGCAGCUGUUUGAUGAGGGCCGGCUGACAGAUGGAAAAGGGAAGACCAUCGACUGCAAGGACGCCAUCUUCAUCAUGACCUCCAAUGUGGGCAGUGACGAGAUAGCACAGCACGCGCUGCAGCUGAGGCAGGAAGCUUUGGAGAUAAGCCAUAACCGGAUCGCCGAGAACCUUGGGGAUGUCCAGACUAGUGACAAGAUCACCAUCUCUAAGAACUUCAAGGAAAAUGUGAUUCGCCCCAUCCUAAAAGCUCACUUCAGGAGAGAUGAGUUUCUGGGACGAAUCAAUGAGAUCGUCUACUUCCUCCCCUUCUGCCACUCGGAGCUCAUCCAACUCGUCAACAAGGAGCUGAAUUUCUGGGCCAAGAGAGCCAAGCAAAGGCACAACAUCACACUGCUCUGGGACCGUGAGGUGGCGGACGUGUUGGUUGACGGCUACAACGUGCACUAUGGCGCCCGCUCCAUUAAGCAUGAGGUGGAGCGCCGUGUGGUGAACCAGCUGGCGGCCGCCUACGAGCAGGACUUGCUGCCAGGGGGCUGCACUCUGCGCAUCACUGUGGAGGACUCAGAUAAGCAGCUACUCAAGAGUCCUGAACUGCCCUCACCCCAGGCUGACAAGCGUCCACCCAAGCUGCGCCUGGAGAUCAUCGAUAAGGACAGCAAGACCCACAGAUUGGACAUCCAGGCACCACUAAACCCUGAGAAGGUGUGCCACACCCUCUAGCGUCUACCUACCUGCCUAUACGUGCCCUGAACACCUAAUAAAGCCCCCUUGGCUGUGGCAUGGUAACCGAC